UAAAUACUGGAAUAUUCCCAUCAGUCUACAAGUGAGGACGAGCAUCAGACCUUCAGACAGAAGUCAAAUCUGAGUUUAUUGAAGGACAGUGGGAAGAUGAGUGAUCCAGAACCCUGCAGAAUUACAGAUGAAGACACUGAAGAACAAACAGACCUUAUUGAAGAGAAUGAGGAGAGUGAAGAUGAUGAACUCCUAAAAGCUGGGAAAACACCUCAUUUACAGACUGAAGAUACUUUAAUGCAAAGAGACAAGAAUCGUUUGACCUGCCGUCAGUGUGGAAAGAGUCUGGCAAGCCAAAGGAGUCUUGAUCAACACAUGAUGAUCCACACUGGAGAGAAACCAUUCACAUGCACUCAGUGUGCGAAGAGUUUCAGACGAUCAUCAUCCUUUAAUGAACACAUGAAGAUCCACACCGGACAGAAACUGUUCACAUGCACUCAGUGUGGGAGGAGUUUCAGACACUCAUCAUGCUUUAAUGAACACAUGAUGAUCCACACUGGAGAGAAAACCCACAGAUGUGAUCAGAGUGGAAAAGCAUUUUUGAGGACGUCAGGGCUGCAAGACCAUCUCAGAGUUCAUACAAAGGAGAAGCCUUAUUCAUGCUCUGAGUGUGGAAAGAGAUUUACAAAGCAGUUACAUUUAAGACAACAUCAGAAGAUCCACACUGGUGUAAAAGAGUAUGUGUGCUUUGAGUGUGUGAAGACUUUUAUCACAGCUGCAGAACUGAAACUGCACCAGAGGAUCCACACUGGAGAGAAACCGUACAAGUGUUCACACUGUGAUAAGAGAUUUGGUCGGUUGGCACAUCUUAAAACACAUGAGAGACUUCACACUGGAGAGAAACCGUACACAUGUAAUCAGUGUCUGGAGAGUUUCACACACUCGGCGCAGCUUAAGAAACACAUUAAAAUCCACACUGGAGAAAAGCAGCACACAUGACAUCAAUGGAACAUUCUCUGGUGAAGGUGAAAAGCCCAUA